AUGUUGCUUCUUUCUCUCUUAUCACUCAGCCUCCCACUGGCAGUGUCUGCAGCAACUGUUGACCCUUGCGCACGCAUUGCCACAGGAGUCAGUGAGACCAAGUCUUCCCCUGUCGUUGUGCCCGCGCAACUUGCCAAGGAGUGUCUCCAAUCUAUGCCGUUCUAUCCUCAACUCGCUGCGAGCUUCAUCGACGAGGUCACCAAGUACAUCCAGUGGCAGUCUACCCUCGAAGCCCUCAAGAACCCCCCCGAGACAUACACAUCGUCACCGACCGAUAUCCUAGGAGGCCUCAAGAAGAUUCGCGGUACCAACUUCUCAAGCCAGUGGGAGUUUGAUGGAGCGAUUAAUGCACUCCUUAACACCGCCAACGAUGGUCAUCUCAGGCUGGAGCUUUGCUCCCAAUCUCUCUUCAGCUUCAUUCGCAACAGUAUUCCCCUCGUCUCCGUAUCCAAGGAUGGCCUGGAUGAACCCGAGAUAUACACGCAGAACGAUGCCUUGUUACUCAACAGCACCAAAGUCAAGGUCUCACCGGUCGUGUCAAUCGAUGGCGAGGAUCCUGUCAAGUAUCUGCAAAAGAUCGCAGCUGCGGAAAGGUUUCAGGAUCCAGAUGCGAGAUACAACAAUGUGUUUUACUCUUACCCUGAUGCAUCCACUCCUCUUGUAUUUGGAUCAUUUUACCGAAAUGCCGUAUUUUCAGGCCGCAAUAUUACUGCUCUAGAGUUUCGCAAUGGGUCUACAUCCGAAUUCCAAUCUCUUGCCAUAGUUCGUAACGAAGACUUCCAGGCUCAGAGCGGUGAAGACGCUUUCGAUACUUAUUGCCGACAGCCGACGAACUCAAACACAGCACGAGCCGAGCUUACUUACUCUGGCGACUCCAAGGACGCAAGCGGAUCCGUCAAUCCACCGCUUGAGGCAGGGCCAGCAUAUCUUCCUAAGCCGUUCCUUCGAGACCCAUACAAUCAGAUGGUCGGAUAUUACCUAGAUGACGACACCGUAGUCAUGGUGGUUCCAUCUUUCGAUAAUUCAGGACAGCCUAGUACCUACGCGCAGACCUUUGCCGAACACGCAACUGAACUUGUAUCACGGGCUCUAGAGAGUGGACGCAGCAAGAUGAUCAUCGACAUCUCCAGUAAUGGAGGCGGCCAGAUAUCCAGGGCUCUCGACCUUUUCAAACUAUUUUUUCCCGACGAAUUUCCAUACACAGCAGCGAGAUUUCGUCGCCAUCGGGUCUCAGAAGAUCUUGCCAAGGUCUACUCGGUGCUCGAUGAGUCAGUAAAGCUGAAUGGCAUCUCACCACAGCUAGCUUGGGCUUUUCAGGUGACGCCAGACCAAGAAACUGGUUUUGCCUCGUACCAAGAUUUCCUUGGCAACAGCACAGAAAUAGGUGUCAAGGUCAGCUCACUCCAAGGCGAAUACAAUUUUACGCGGAUCUCUGGUGACGGAGACGGAGCCCCUAUCCGUGGUUUCGCUGGUCGGCCUGUUCUAAAGAAACAGCCUUUUAAAUCUGAAGACAUUCUCAUCAUCGGCAAUGGCAUGUGCUCUUCGAGUUGCACUACAUUCGUCAACAUGAUGACCAACAUUGGUAGUGUUCGGACUUUGUCUUUCGGUGGGCAGCCCAACGAUAAGCCUAUGCAAGUGAUGGGCGGUGUUCGUGGUAUACAGGUGCUGGACUUUUCAGCUAUCUACUCCUUUGUGGAAAAGGCCGAGUCACUCUUCCUCAACAACCCCCAGGUAUUCGACUUCAUAUCUCAGGAUGAAGUUGAGACCUUCAUCGACGCUGCCCCUCGACCUCUGGCCGAGUUCCCGAUAGUUCUGAGUUAUGGACAAGUCAACUUUUUUAAUUCCUAUCAGAAAGGCAACGAUGACCUACCACUCCAGUUCCAGUACCAGGCCGCCGACUGUCGCCUUUACUAUACUGCUGACAAUGUCUUCCACCCUGAGACCACUUGGGAGUCGGCCAAAGCGGCUAUUUGGGGUAACAGGUCAUGCAUUGAGGGGUCUACGGGUGGGAAAGGGUCACUCAAAGACAAAAGCUCCAAGGGUAAGAAAGGUAACACAACAAAUGGCGAGGAUAAGAAGGGCAAUAAGGGAAGUGAUGGAGAUGAAGGACAAGACAGCGGGGCAAGCAAGGUAGUGCUUGGCUGGACCGGUUUGACCGCUGCUAUUGUUGUUCCCCUCAUAUGGCUCUAG